GCUUUUAGUGUUGCGGAGACGGGGAGAGAGAAUAGACGGGACUCCGUUGAGGGCAGCGCUGCGCAAACUAUGUGAUUUUCGGGUGCAACAUCACAAACGGGUCACGGGGGUUAGGCCUAAUCAACUGUCAAAUCAAAUGAUCAUUAUGCCCCUUCAACAGUCGUAAUUUAUCUGAUGUUCUGAAGUCAAGACCUAGGUCGGAGUUCGCCUACAAUUACCCUUUUUUUGGUUUCUUCUUCUUUUGACAUUGAUCGCGCUGUAGCAUAGGUUAUUUUCCCCAGCUUUACAGAGAGUGAACAUAACUCAAUCCCGGACAAACAAGUUCUCAUUCAAAUUGAUUAAUUAUAUAUUUUCCCAAAGGAAUGUACUUUUGGAGAAGCAUGCUGCUUUUGGAAAUCUCGAGGUUUGCCUUGUCCUGAGUAGAUUGAUCACAUGGGAUACAGAAGACAGAAGGACUCCUCUCACCCUGUACCGAGGCUGCAAUAGGAGAUCUAAAACCUCUACUAUCCCUGUGGGAAUAUGUACAACCAUCCACCUCUCCAGGACAAAGGAUGUCAGAACUGAUUCUGUCUGGAACAAUGCCAACCCCAGAGAGAGGCUGUCUGGAAUGUCUUUUACCUUGUUGUUUUUUAUUAUCACGGGACACAAACAAGCAAACAAGAAGAUGUUAUCAGAUAUGUUUGUUUGGAUGAAAGGGAGAAACCCAGAGGGCUUUCCUUCUGACCAGGCUCUUCUCUACACUAUGAGCUGAUUGACCCCUCUCUGCCCCCCCUCCACCCCCCCACACACACAAAUCGUCCCUCCCCCCACCACCUCCCUCCCACCGACGAUGGAUCUUACGAAUGACACCACGGUCAUCACAGACAGCGACUUAUUGGAUGACUCCUCAACCCGCAUCCUGACUGGCUGUUUCCUCUCGCUGCUCAUCCUCUCCACGUUGCUCGGCAACGUCCUUGUGUGUGCCGCCGUCACCAAGUGCCGUCACCUGCGUUCCAAAGUCACCAACUUCUUUGUGAUCUCGUUGGCCGUCUCCGACCUCCUGGUCGCUGUCCUGGUGAUGCCGUGGAAGGCCGUGACGGAGGUCGCAGGUUUCUGGCCGUUUGGCUCGUUCUGCGACACUUGGGUGGCAUUUGACAUCAUGUGCUCCACGGCAUCCAUCUUGAACCUGUGUGUGAUCAGCGUGGACCGUUACUGGGCAAUAUCCAGCCCGUUCCGCUAUGAGAGGAACAUGACUCCUAAAGUGGCGUUUGUGAUGAUCAGCGUGGCCUGGACGCUCUCCGUCCUCAUCUCCUUCAUCCCCGUCCAGCUCAGCUGGCACAAAGCCCAGGCCUUUACCUCUACCUCCAUCACUACCUCCACAACCACCCCCUACGGCCUCCAGGCCCCCCCAGACUCCUCUAACCCUGUUGGGGAUAACAACACACAUCAGGCACCCCGGGACUGGGACAACUGUCACUUCAGCUUGAACCGGACCUACGCCAUCUCUACCUCUCUGAUCAGCUUCUAUAUCCCAGUGAUCAUCAUGGUGGUCACCUACACCCAGAUCUACCGCAUCGCCCACCGUCAGAUCAGAUGCAUCUCCACCCUAGAACGAGCCGCAGAGAGCGCCAAGAACCGACACAACAGCAUGGGAGAAGGCGGCGGAGAAUCCAGCAUCUCCGAAUCAGAGAGCUCGUUCAAGAUGACGUUCAAACGGGAGACAAAGGUCCUGAAGACGCUGACUCUGAUCGUGGGCGUGUUCGUGUGCUGCUGGCUGCCCUUCUUCAUCCUGAACUGCAUGGUGCCGUUCUGUGAGCCGUCACCCCGCGGUGCCGCGGCCUCCUUCACCUGUAUCAGCCCCACUAUGUUUGAUGUGUUUGUGUGGUUCGGGUGGGCCAACUCUUCCAUCAACCCCAUCAUAUACGCCUUCAACCCAGACUUCCGCAAAGCAUUCUCUAUCCUCCUGGGCUGCCACAGAUUCUGUCCAGGAGAUCAUGGCAUGGGCGCGUUCAGUCUCAAUAAGAAGUGAGCUCAGAGCCUCAGAAUUCCCAGUGGUAGUAAUAAAAAAACAUACAUGGAAAACAUCUGCUGAGACACUGGUCUCAGAAGAGGAUCUACAGUACCAGCUGUCAUGAACGUCAGAGAACUAUAGCAUGCCAUCGUCUGGUGCAUUGUAUCGCCAUAAGCAAGCAGAGUAAGCACUACAACCUUGGUGUAAAAGGUUUGUUGUUGUCAUUGAGGGUGCCGCCACCUUGUGCAGUGUCACUGGGCAUAACAUACAGUAUUAUCUGAAAUGGCACUGCAAUAAGAGUCAAGUGACCCUUUGCAGUGUCCCUGACUGUGCAGUGAGUGCAGUACAUUUAGUGACACAUUGUCUCUGUGGAGUAGAUACUACAGUGAGUCAGGGCCCCAGACUCUGACCCAGUGUUGCUUUAUUGUGAAUUUUACAGAAUGUUAAAAAGAGGUCACUUUAUUACAAACAUUUUGAGAUGUAAUACAGUACUUCAAGAAAAUAUAUUAUUCUUUACAAUGUGUUCUCUUGCAAACAGUAACUUUGAUUGUGUUUUUGUUAAAGUCCAUACCAGUACUGCCAUUGUUUUAAUUGAUGGGGAACACCAAAUGACGGUUAACUGAAUCAUCUUUCUAAUGAUGGUAAUGAAAUUCAGAAAGCUUAAGGCUAUUUCAUAACAAACAUCAAUUUAAUUUGGACUGCCAUUUUAAAUCCCUCUCCAAAGUGUUUUACCUUAUUAAUGAGCUACUCAUCUUGCAUUGUGUCUGUGGCUUUUCCAAAGCAAUGCCAGGUGUCCCAACAAGCUCUCAUAGUCUCACUGCAGAAUGAGACGUUCAGCCACGUUCUCCAAACGUCAAAUUUCGAAGUGUUUUUCCUGCUCCUGCUGCUUUGUAUCAUUCCAUUUCUCCAAACGUCAACUUUCGAAGUUAAGGGUUAAGUUUAAGCACUCAUUUGGAAUGGUUAAUGAUUAAGGUUUGGGAAAGGGUUCAAACAUUAAGUUUAGGCACUCAUUCUGAAUGGUUAAGGUAAGGGUUAAGGUUUUGGAUAGGGUUCAAACAUUAAGUUUAGAAACUCAUUCUGAAUGGUUAAGGUAAGGGUUAAGGUUUUGGAUAGGAUUCAAACAUUAAGUUUAGGCACUCAUUCUGAAUGGUUAAGGUAAGGGUUAAGAUUUUGGAUAGGGUGCAAACAUAAAGUUUAGACACUAACAUGCUGACCAGAACGCUCGAGCCAUCGCACGCAUGUUGAUUUUGUCCACCCACACCAGACGUGAUCAGGACAUGCAGGUUGA